ACUUCGGUCCCAGCAACAUGAAAUUCUUCGCCAUCCUUUCGCUUGCCCUUCUGGCUGUGGCCUCGGCCGAUGUCAGCCACCUGGCCAACACCUACCUGCCUCCCCACUCGGCUGCUGCCUCCACCAGCUACGAGUCCUACCAGGCUGCUCCCGCCGAGGAGACCUACGAGGCUCCCGCCGCCGUCGCCGCCGCCUCCUCCACCUACGAGACCGAGUCCUACUCCGCCCCAGCUGCCUCCUACAACAGCGAGUCCUAUGCCGCCCCAGCUGCCUCCUCUUACUCCGCUCCAGCUGCCUCCUACAACAGCGAGUCCUAUGCCGCUCCAGCUGCCUCUUAUAACAGCGAGUCCUAUGCCGCUCCAGCUGCCGCCGCCACCGCUGAGACCGCCUCCUAUGCCGCCGAGACCGCCGCCGAGGAGACCUACGAGGAGCCCGCCGCCAGCUACGUUGCCCCAGCUGUGGUGAAGAGCUACUCCGCUCCAGCUGUGUCCAGCUACACCCAGACCUACACCGCCCCCGCUGUGGUCAAGACCUACUCGGCUCCAGCUGUGUCCAGCUACUCUGCUCCCGCUGUGGUCAAGACCUAUUCCGCUCCAGCUGUGUCCACCUACACCGCUCCUGCUGUUGUGAAGACCUACUCCGCCCCAGCUGUGUCCAGCUACACCCAGGCCUACACCGCUCCCGCCGUGGUCAAGACCUACUCCGCCCCGGCUGUGACCAAGACCUACACCGCUCCUGCCGUGGUCAAGACCUACACCGCUCCAGUGGUGACCAAGUCUUACUCCGCUCCAGUGGUGACCAAGUCCUACACCGCUCCCGUGGUGGCCAAGACCUACACUGCUCCCGCUGUUGUGAAGACCUACUCCGCUCCAGCUGUGUCCACCUACACCGCUCCCGUGGUGACUAAGACCUACACCGCUCCUGCCGUGGUCAAGACCUACUCCGCCCCAGCUGUGUCCACCUACACCGCUCCAGCUGUGGUCAAGACCUACUCCGCCCCGGCUGUGUCCAGCUACUCUGCUCCCGCUGUGGUCAGCAGCUACUCCUCCGGAUCCUCGGGCACCGUCUACGGCUCCAACGGUGGAUACGUCUACUAAAGACUGC